CUGGAGUUUCAUGCUGUCUCUGUUGGAGGAGGCGAGAGGUCAUAUUAUUUGUGUAGGACUGUGCUAGCUGAUGUUCACAUUCUGAUGGCACCUUCAGAGUUCAGUGACGCGCAGCAGCCACCACAGCAUAGGACUGUGCAGCCUCCGGGGGUCGCAUACGUACCCACAGAAGAAGAGCGAAGUGUAUUCAGAGAAUGUAAUGAGGAAAGUUUUUGGUACAGAUCUCUCCCCAUCUCAGCGGUAAGCAUGAUUGUUACACAGGGCCUUGUUUCUAGAGGGUUUCUUACUACAUCUUCAAGAUUUGGCUCUUUACCAAAAGUUGCUUUUGCAGGAAUAUGUGGAUACUUAGCAGGAAAAGUUUCUUACAUGAAAACCUGUCAGGAAAAAUUCAAGAGACUAGAGAAUUCCCCGUUGGGAGAAGCUCUACGUCAAGGCUAUCGGAAAUUACCAACACAAUAUCCAGCUGGCACUUCUGAGUUUUCGGAUAUAAACCCCACAACUCCCUCCGCUCCCGGUGGUUUUGCAUCAAACAUGGUUGAACCUCCGUCCAGUGUGUACUCAAGUCAGUACGGCUCCACCUCAGACAGUGUCCCUUUCAGCACUUCUCUUGGCGAAUCAUCUCCUUCCGGGAUAUCUGAUAACAUUGCUCCAGAGCCUGCUGCACUUAUUGAAGAUGCUCCAACACGUAAACCCAUGACUUAUGAUGAACUGCGAAACCGGAACCGAGAGACCUAUGAGAUGGCUGUGACCCAAAGAUCAGACUCUCCCGUGAGAUCCUCUCAAGACAGAGCAUCUAGAAAAGAAGCAAAGACAAACAAGUAUGGGGAUGUGUUGGAAGAUUAAAUGCUCCUUGAAAGGAACACCCCCCCCCCCCCCCAUCGAUUCUCAUCUUUCCCUGAAAGUGAAUAAACUUUUUAUUGAUGCAAAUGUUGUCAAUAAAUAUUACUGGUGAUAAAAUAGGAUUAUUACACUGUAAAUGUAAUUGCUGUUUUAUUCUCUGAUCACAGACCAUGUGAUUAAUGGACACCGUAAUUUAAGAUGGUGUCAAUAUAUUCAGCUUAUUAAAGUUUACUUUUUAAAA